AUGGCAGCUGCUAUAAUGACUGAAGGUAGAUGGAAUAUACCUGAUUACUUGCCUGUGGAAGUAAAGGAUGUUGUUCAAAGAAUUAUAAUCAAGCCAGGGACAGACAAAAUUGUUUGGAGGCACUCUCAGUUUUCAUUGAAAGCUGCUUGGAGUGUAUGCAGAUAUACAGGUUCAACACAGAAAUGGAGUGCUAUAAUUUGGAGGUAUAGCAGACCUAGAGUUGCUAUGGGGGUGUGUAUUAUUCUACACAAUAGAAACCUAUCUUUGGUGAAUCUGCAGAAGUGUGGGAUUAUAUUAACAUCUAUUUGUCAUAACUGUUGGAGAAGCAUGGACACAAAUGAUCAUUUAUUUUAUAAUUGUACCUAUGCUCAAGCAGUGUGGCAGGAAAUUUUCAGUCUGAUACAGAUGGAGUUGCCAGUUUGUGAAUCUCUGAUGGAAGUAGUGGAUUGGUUUUGCUUGCAAACAUCUAACAAAUCAGUUAAGACUAAGAUUUUGAGUGCUAUUUUUACAACUACUGUGUGGAAAAUUUGGAAUGUGAGGAAUGUUGUGCUUCAUGAUGGCUGUCAAGAUCAAGCUCCUUAUGUGGCUAAGACUAUAGUUUGGGAAGUGUUGACUUAUCUCACACGUAGUUUAGAAGACUUUAUACUUGUGUUUUAA